AUGAGCACAGCUGAGGAUGCAGCGUGGCUGAGCUGGGUGACGGAGCGCUUCCAGAGCAUCGCAGGGCAGGGUGAGGAAAUCGGCCUGGAGGAGUUCAAGGCUGCCCUUCAGGUGAAGGAGUCCUUCUUUGCUGAGCGUUUCUUCGCGCUGUUUGACGUGGAUGGCAGUGGUACCAUCAGCCUGGGGGAGCUGCACAGCGCCCUGAGAUUGCUGCUGCACGGCACUGCUGCUGACAAGCUGCGCUUCCUCUUCCAAGUCUACGACGUCGAUGGCAGCGGCUCCAUCGACGCGGCCGAGCUGCUCCUGGUGCUGCAGGCCUGCCUGCGUGAGAGCGAGAUCUCACUGCCACCGCAGCGCCUGCACGACAUGGCCGGGGUGCUGCUCGAAGCAGCCGACAAGGAUGGCAACGGCUCCAUCACCUUCCAGGAGCUGCAGCAGCAGCUGGAGGCCUUCCCGGGGCUGAUGGAGAGCCUGACCAUCAGUGCUGCCAGCUGGCUGAAGCCCCCAGCACCGACACGGCAGAGCCGGCGGCCGCGCUGCCUGACUUCGUGGUACUGGCACAACCGCCGUGCCCAGCUCGCCUUCCUCGGGGGCUACGUCAGCCUCAACCUGCUGCUCUUCAUCCUGGCUGCCCUGCAGCACGUCAGCCGCAGCGGGUGGGUGGCGGUGGCCAGGGGCUGUGGGCAGUGCCUCAACUUCAACUGCGCCUUCAUCGCCGUGCCGAUGCUGCGGCGCUGCCUGACCCGGCUGCGUGCCACCGCCGCUGGCAGAGCGCUGCCCCUGGAGCGCUGCGUGAGCCUCCAUCAGCUGCUGGGGAGCGCCGUGCUGGCGCUGGCCGUGCUGCACACCGGAGCGCACGUGGCCAACUUCGGCAGGCUGGCACAGGCUGGGCACGGUGCCCUCUCCGAGCUCCUGCUGAUGGCGCAUCCCGGUGGUGGGGGGCUCGGUGGCACAGCCCCACAGACCGGGCUGGCCCUGCAGGUGCUGCUGUUUGCCAUGCUCACCUUCUCCAGCCCCUGCGUCCGCCGUGGUGGGCACUUCGAGCUUUUCUACUGGAGCCACCUCUCCUACAUCAUCAUCUGGGCUCUGCUCUUCUUCCAUGCUCCCAACUUCUGGAAGUGGUUUUUGGUUCCUGGGGGCCUCUUUGUGCUGGAGAAGGCAGUGGGCACAGCUGUGUCUCGUGCCAUGGGGCUGCGCAUCGUGGAGGUCCACCUGCUGCCUUCCCAGGUCACCCACCUGGUGAUCCAGCGGCCACAUUCCUUCCGCUACGAGCCCGGGGACUACGUCUACCUGAACAUCCCAGCCAUUGCUGCCUAUGAAUGGCACCCAUUCAGCAUCAGCAGUGCUCCUGAGCAGCAAGACACCAUCUGGCUGCACAUCCGCUCUCUGGGGCAGUGGACCACACGGCUCUACGAGUUCUUCAGGCAGCCUGAGCUCCUGCAGCUCCACGGGAGCCUGGAAAGGAAGAGGUGGUGGCAGCAGGUGCAGCCCACUCCCUGCACUACCCCAGGCACACUGGGAUGCUCUGUGCCCAGCACUGGGGAUGCAGCCAUUGAACUGACAUCGUACCGACGCAGUGGGGCACCCACCACCACCCGAGGGACCGAGGAUGGGCACAGGGACCAGGACACAUCCCUGCAGGUGGUUUCUGUGGAGCUGGGUGAGAACCAGCAGCUCUGCAGCAUCAAGUGCUACAUUGAUGGCCCCUACGGGACCCCGACACGCCGGAUCUUCACCUCAGAGCAUGCUGUGCUCAUCGGUGCUGGCAUUGGCAUCACUCCCUUUGCAUCCAUCCUGCAGAGCAUCAUGUACAGGUACCGCCAGAGGAAGCAGAGCUGCCCCGAACGUGAGACCCUGUGGGAUGAGGACAUGGCACUCAGGAAGGUUGAUUUCAUCUGGAUCAACCGGGACCAGCAGCAUUUUGAAUGGUUCCUUGACCUGCUGGCUGCGCUGGAGCUGCAGCAGGAGGAGCAGGAGCCGGGAGGGCGCUUCCUGGAGCUGCACCUGUACAUGACAUCAGCGCUGGGCAGGAGUGAUGUGAAGGCGGUGGGGCUGCAGCUGGCCCUGGACCUGCUGGCCGCCAAGGAGCAGAAGGACUCCAUCACGGGGCUGCGCACCCGCACACAGCCCGGCCGCCCCGACUGGAGCCAGGUGUUGGGCAGGGUGGCAGAGGAGAAGAAGGGCAAGGUGCACGUGUUCUUCUGUGGCUCGCCGGCUUUGGCCAAAGUGGUCAGAGUGCACUGCGAGCGUUUCGGCUUCCGCUUCUUCAAGGAGAACUUCUAA